CAUGGAGCUCCAGGGUUUCCUUUCACACCUUGUAAUCCAGGGACUCCAUCACGGCCAGGUGCACCAGUCAAACCAAUUUCGCCUCUUAAUCCAGGUGGUCCACGUGGACCUUCUAAUCCUUGUAAACCGAUUUCACCUUGUUCACCACGUUCCCCUUGCAAUCCAAUAAGUCCAGGUUCUCCAGUCAGUCCACGAUCACCUUUAUCACCAGGAAGACCAUCUCGGCCAGAUGUUCCAGGCAAACCUUUAACAAGUUUUUUAUAUUCUUCUCUCAUUAUGGAACGUCUUGUUUCACUUGAUGAUUAUGAACGUCAAGCUUCUAAAAUUUUGCCAAAAAAUGCACUCGAUUAUUAUCGUAGUGGUGCAGGCAAUGAACAAACUUUAAAAUGGAAUAGAGAAGAUUUCAAUCAGUUUCGAAUAAGACCAAGAUUUCUAAGAGAUGUCUCGAUGUUGAAUACAAAGUGCAAAAUUUUAGGAUGUAAUGCAUCAUUUCCUUGUGGAAUAUCUCCAACUGCUAUGCAGCGUAUGGCUCAUCCACAGGGUGAAGCAGCAAAUGCUAUAGCUGCUGCUAAUGAAAAUGUAAUCUUUAUUAUGUCGACAUUAUCAACAUUAAAAAUUGAAGAUGUUGCUAAUGUGACACAAGGUUCAUCUAAAUGGUUUCAGCUUUAUAUUUAUAAAGACAGAAAAUUAACAGAAUCAAUCAUAAACAGAAUCGAAAAAAAUGGAUUUAAAGCUAUUGUGCUGACUGUCGAUGCUCCACUUUUUGGAUUAAGAAGAGAUGAUUUACGAAACAAGUUUACAUUACCAACUCAUUUAAAUUUGGCAAAUUUUUCGGAUGUUGUUGAAAGUAAAGGAGGCUCAGGCAUAAAUGAAUAUGUAUCAGAACAAUUUGAUGCUUCAGUAACUUGGAAAGAUGUUAAAUGGCUAAUGAAUUUUACAAAGCUUCCUGUUAUAUUGAAAGGAAUCUUAACAAAAGAAGACGCUCGUUUGGCUUGCGAUCUUGGUGUAGCUGGAAUCAUUGUUUCAAAUCAUGGUGCACGACAAGUCGAUAAUGUUCCAUCUUCAAUUGAGGCAUUGCCCGAAAUUGUGAAGGAAAUUAAUGAUGAAAUUCCUGUCAUGUUUGAUGGAGGUAUAAGACAAGGAACUGACAUAUUUAUUGCGCUAUCGCUAGGUGCUAAAAUGGUUUUUAUUGGAAGACCAGCUUUAUACGGCUUAGCGUGUGAGGGACAACUUGGAGUAGAAAAAGUCAUAAAAAUUUUGAAAAAGGAAUUUGAACUAACUAUGUGCAACACCGGUGUAAAAAAUAUCGGAGAAAUUACAAGAGAUAUGAUUGUUCAUAAAAGUUAUUAUGCAAAUUUGUAAAAAUAUGAAUAAAACAUCAUGUGCCAUUCAAUCUAUGUAAAGAAAGUAUACAUUUUUCAAUUGUUACCUUUUUCUCCUUUAAUUGCA